AUGCUUUUUGAAAAGAAAUCUGCUCGCACCUUGGCUGCAAAAACCAUCAGUGCUAGGGGUAAAAGAUACCCUUCUUUUGGUUUUGGGAUACCCAAAUCAUCCAAGAGUAGUAUUGGGAAAAGCAGCCCUCUCUGGCAAUAUAUACUGGAUCACUCUUUGCGGGAACAUCCGAUUCUAAAGAAGCUGCGGCUGCUCACUGCUGAUCAUCCCUGCAGUAAAAUGAUGGUGUCCUGUGACCAGGCUCAGCUUAUGGCAAAUUUGGUCAAACUCAUUAAAGCCAAGAAAGUUAUUGAAAUAGGUGUUUUUACAGGUUAUAAUACCUUGAAUAUGGCACUUGUCCUGCCAGAUAACGGUAGAGUUGUUGCCUGUGAUAUAAAUGAGGACUAUGUCAAAAUUGGAAAGCCACUGUGGAAGGAGGCAGGAGUAGAGCAUAAAAUUGACCUGCGGAUUAAGCCAGCAAUUCAAACACUUGAUGAACUGUUGGCCAGUGGAGAAGCUGAAACCUUUGACUUUGCUUUCAUUGAUGCGGAUAAAGAAAGCUACAAUGAGUACUAUGAAAAAUGUUUGCGCCUCAUAAAGAAAGGGGGAAUAAUAGCUAUUGAUAAUGUCCUUUGGAGUGGAAGGGUGCUAAAACCAAGAAAGGAUGACUUGGCAACCCAGAGCAUUCACCACCUCAAUGAGAAGCUUCAGAGAGAUGCACGAGUCAAUAUCAGCAUGCUCCCAAUGGGGGAUGGAGUCACAUUAGCAUUCAAGUUGUAACUGGAGGAAGCCCAGCAGAUGGGAAACAAGCAGCAUCAAAUCAUCAGGAAAAAUGCAGGCGAAGCAGUAUCAAAAAUGGUUAUUUAACCUAUAUCUCCACUGAAUAACACAGCCUGGGAAAGUAGACUUUAGGAGCAGCAGGAUCCUAAGGGCAGCUAAAUUUGGAAGAGACACUUAUUUUGAGAACUACUAUGGCUUCUUAUUUUAAUUGUAAUAAAGCAAGUAAACUUAUGUGAAGUUGUCCUUGUAAGACAAUGGUUGAAAACAAUGUGCUUGUGUAGAACAACUGAGUUUUGAGUCGGUACAACAAAGUCAUUUUCUGUCCUAAAAGAAGCUACUAAGUAGAAUAAUCAGUCCUACCAUCAAAAGGAAAAGUAGAGUUUACUAAUGUUAAAAUCCAUAGUAGAAAAAUUGAUUUUUAAUCAAAUGUACAUGACCUCAAGGAGAUUGUUAGCCUUCUCACACUAACAAUAUUGAAAGUCAUUGGUAGUCCUUGAAGGGUACUACAUAAGAAGCCUCAAAUAUACACGUGUGGGAAGAAAAAAAAAAAAAAGUUGUCUUUAAAAACAUGUCAAACAGUAUUUCCAAUACAGAGCACUCCCUAAAA